AUGCCGAGCCUAUUAGGUAUCAACUUUCACAAGAAGAAGUCCUCCGAAAGUAUGAAGGGGCUAUCGCCCCUUCACUCUAUCAACCGCGAAGACUCGAAUCAUAGCAAUGCGAAUCACGUGCAUGGUGGUAGUGGAAAUAUAUCCCACAAUCAUCCGCAGGCGCAUCACCAUCACCACAAUAGGUCAUUUAAUGAGUUGACGAGGUUUUUCAGAUCGUCGAUGCGGAAGAAAACUACCACGUCAUCACAGGUGAACUUGACGCGGUCAGCGGAUCACCACUCACACACGCAUUCUGCGAUCCCACCUAGCGCAGAUUCGAGUCUUUCGCUAUCGAAUAAGACUAGUAUUUAUCACGAUGAUUCAAUUCUUGCACAGAAAUACGGCAAAUUGGGUAAGGUUCUUGGGUCAGGGGCAGGAGGGUCUGUGAAAGUACUUGUGCGUCCAUCAGAUGGUCGGACUUUUGCGGUCAAGCAGUUUAGGCCGAGACGAGCAGGGGAAUCAGUAAAGGAUUAUGCGCGCAAAUGCACUUCGGAGUAUAUGGUUGGAUCGAUGUUACACCACCCUAAUGUGAUCGAAACUUUGGAUGUUUUUUCAGACAGCAAGCAAAAUCAAUACUAUGAAGUAAUGGAAUACUGUCCGGUGGAUUUCUUUGCAGUUGUUAUGUCAGGACAGAUGUCCCGUGGGGAGAUAAAUUGCUGUUUUAAACAGUUGGUUGAAGGUGUCAAUUACCUGCAUUCUAAGGGCUAUGCACAUAGGGAUUUAAAAUUGGAUAACUGUGUUAUGACUCGUGAUGGUAUUUUAAAGUUGAUUGAUUUUGGGUCCGCCUUCGUCUUCAAAUACACAUACGAGGCUGAUGAGAAGCUUGCCCGUGGAAUUGUUGGGAGUGACCCAUACUUAGCGCCCGAAGUAUUAACCUCAACAAAUAGCUACAGUGCUCCAAUGGUUGACAUAUGGUCUGUUGCCAUUAUCUUCUGUUGUAUGAUGCUAAAGCGCUUCCCCUGGAAAGAGCCCCGUUUGACGGAUAACAACUUUAAAGUGUAUUGCAUGCCUGACGACCAGGAGCAUGAUUACGUGAAGAGUGCCAAAGAGCAUGAACUGUUAAUGCAACGCAGACGUGAAGACAAGCAAAGGGAGAAGCAGCUGAGACUUGAAUAUGACGGCAACAUACCUGCCGCUCUUUCUUCUGAUGUCCAGAAACAGUCCCCACAUGACCUUCUCUCCGGUUCCACGGAAAAAGCUGAGUUGAAAUCCCCAGCAGAAUAUCCAACGUCAGUAAAAGAUGGCGAAACAACACUAAUCGAUAAUCACAUUAAACUAGCCGGUUCUGCAAUUGCUAUGAAGGAGGAGGAUUCGCCUGCUGGUGCAGCCACAGCAGUUGCAGAAAAACCGAAAAAACAGAGGAAGGUUAUACGUGGUCCUUAUAUAUUAUUACGUUUGUUACCACAUGCUUCAAGACCACUCAUGUCUCGAAUGUUACAGGUUGAUCCAGCAAAACGAGCCACAAUGCAAGACAUCUUGAAUGAUGAAUGGUACAAGAGUAUUAGCCAUUGUACUAUGAGUGAGAGGAAGCACGUCAUUCGCGCUCCAAAUCAUUCGCAUACAAUUGUGUCUGAAGAAAAUACACAUGUUGAGACGUAUAAAGUAUGA